CUGCAUCCGUCUCACUGCUGCACCGCGCGUCUUGACUUGUUUUUACCGGCAUAGACCUAUCAGAUGGAGUCAGUGACAAACCAGCUGCAGACCUAUCCAAUAAUAGUCAUCGAUUCUUUUCUUUAAAGACGAGCGGUGAAAGUCAGCAUAACAAACGUUGGUCGCACACCGGAAGCGUCUCCACUCUACUUCCUGUCAGGACACCCGCUCCACCAGCUGCAGCCAUCCAGUCCAGCAUCCUCCGGCCUCCUCAACAUGCCCAAGUCCAAGGAAGUGCUCUCCUCCACCUCCGGAAGUGACUCCGACGACGAGGUGGAGACCAAGGCCAAGAGAAAGAAGCCCAGCACUCCAGAGAAGCCGGUCAAGAAGCCGAAGAGCGGCGAGAGCUCCAAGCCGGAAAGCUCCUCCAAGCAGAGCAACAAAGACGGAGACAACAUGUUCCAGAUUGGGAAGAUGAGGUACGUCAGCGUCCGGGACUUCAAAGGCAAAUGUCUGAUCGACAUCCGAGAGUACUGGAUGAACCAGGACGGAGAGAUGAAGCCUGGCAAGAAAGGCAUCUCCUUGAAUCCCGAACAGUGGAGCCAACUGAAGGAGCAGAUGUCCGACAUAGACGACGCCAUCAAGAGGAUAUAGUCGUUGCCGAGCGGUGUUUUUGUGUAACUUGCUGACUGUAGAAGAAUUUGCUAAAAGGUUUUGUAAAAACAAAACGACCACCUUGUUUUCUAAAGGACUCGUCCAUUUCGUCGUGAAGCUCAUGGCGUGUCAGUGUAGAUGUUGUGUUCACCUGUGGUGGGGGGGUGGGUUAGUUUGGGCUCCAGGGUGUUGUUGACCUGGCAGGACCUUUGACGUGUGCCGACAUCCGUGUCCUUUGAUGCCUCGUUGAACCCAGUAACAACAGCUGACUGGACCUGCCAGCUUUUGACAAUAAA